GGUACUCAAACUAUUCGCUGAUGCUGCUAGGAUUUCUGAUGCUUAGUUUUUGCAUUUUAUGAACUUUGGCAUAUACUCACAUUUAGGCCAUCUCUGUGUCUCUUAAAAAUGGUUGUGUUGCAGCUAUGCUCCUUGACUUAUGAUUGUAUUCAGAAGUUAGACCUUUAAACUGAAUGUACUGGCCACAAGUUCUAUGCAAACUCAUAAGUGGUAAUGGACAAGCCCCUGAUGAAGCUGUACUUAUUUUAUGAUGAAUUUAACUUACCUUGCAGUUUUGUCAUCGGUAUCUGGGAUACAAUCUACAGAAAGCAAAUUAACGAAUGGUAACUCAGCUCUUUGAUUGGUUCUACUUACAUAUUUCCUUAGCAUUCAUGGUCAUGACUUGACGUGUUUUGUAAUUUUGUAGCUGAGCUUCUUUUGCUUGCCUGCAUCAUAUUGGUGGGGCUGUUUGCACUCCAGCAUUGUGGUACUCACAGAGUGGCGUUUAUGUUUGCGCCCAUUGUUAUCAUCUGGUUGCUAUUUGUUUUCUCAAUUGGGCUAUACAACAUCAUACAUUGGAAUCCCAAAAUCGUGUAUGCACUCUCUCCCCACUACAUAGUCAAGUUCUUCAGGGAAACUGGUAAAGAUGGUUGGCUAUCUCUUGGAGGGAUUCUUCUUUCGAUAACAGGUGAUUCGGAUAUGAAAACCAGCAAAUUAAGUUGAGCUUUUCUGAUUUCUUGAGUUGUGAUCUGUGCAACCAAUCUUCACAAGUGCUCUCCAUUAAUCUUUUCAAUUGGGAUUUCUAGAACUUAUCAAACAUUAGGAGCAUGCUUUAGUUUUAGUUCUCACUUAUUUGAACUUUUUUGGGGCUCUGGCAGGCACAGAAGCUAUGUUUGCCGAUCUUGGUCACUUUACUGCCUUAUCAAUCAGGGUGAGAGCAUCGCGGAAUCAUGCGUCUUUUUGCUUUAAUUUAAAUGCUCUUCCUUCAACCAAGGAAUGUGAAAGAUAAUGUUGUUUCUUCUGUGCAGCUUGCUUUUGUCUUUGUUAUUUAUCCUUGUUUGGUAGUGCAAUACAUGGGUCAGGCAGCUUUUCUGUCUAUGAACUUAGACUCAUUUUCCAACAGCUUCUAUGCGUCGAUACCUGGUAUCAUUAUUUUGCUACUCCUAUCUGCUUUUUGGACACAUGCUUGCCGAGAGGUUCAAUUUUGACUUCCUUUGCAUUUGAUGCAGAACCCUUCUUUUGGCCUGUCUUUGUUGUGGCCACCCUUGCGGCUAUUGUUGGGAGUCAGGCUGUUAUCACAGCCACUUUCUCGAUUGUUAAACAGUGUCAUGCCCUUGGUUGUUUCCCAAGAGUUAAAGUUGUCCACACCUCAAAACACAUUUAUGGGCAGAUCUACAUCCCAGAAAUAAACUGGAUCCUCAUGGUCCUCACUCUUGCAGUAACCAUUGGAUUCCAAGACACAACUUUGAUUGGUAAUGCUUAUGGUAAGUCAUCUGCGCCUCCUCUUUCCAUUUGUUCUCAUCUGCUAAUGGAAAGAAAACACCUUCACUUAGCUUAGGACAAGUAGCUAUCGACAAGAUACAAUGCCGCAACACCCCUCCUAUUUUCCCUGAUCUCCUAUGUGUCCAUUGGACAAAUCAUUAUAGUAUUCGUACUUUGCCUGAUAUAGGAUUUGCUCAUAUAUGAUAAAACCAAUGGAGUCGUUUCUUAGUCUCAUAUUUGAAAAUGUGGGAUUAUGUUUUCUUGUCUGCUCGCGCUCUUAUUUAGCAUUGAAAACACUGAUGAGUUGUUUUGUUUCUUUCUAGAUAAUGUGAUUGCAGUUUGGUUUUACUUGAACAGACUGUAAUCUUUUCAUUUGAUUGCAGGACUUGCAUGCAUGACAGUUAUGUUCAUCACGACUUUUCUCAUGGGUCUGGUCAUAGUAUUCGUUUGGCAAAGAAAUUUCUUCUUAGCUACAUUCUUCCUCCUGUUCUUCUGGUUGAUCGAGGGUACCUACUUAUCAGCUGCCCUAAUGAAAGUGCCGCAAGGUGGCUGGCUUCCGCUCGCCCUAUCGGUCAUAUUCAUGCUCAUAAUGUACAUCUGGCAUUACGGCACUCGUCGGAAGUACAACUACGAUCUCCACAACAAAGUCUCACUGAAAUGGGUGCUAGGCUUGGGCCCCAGCCUUGGCAUCGUCCGCGUCCCCGGAAUUGGUCUAAUAUACUCGGAGCUCACCACUGGAGUACCUUCAAUCUUCUCACACUUCGUCACCAACCUUCCAGCAUUUCACAAAGUACUGGUUUUCGUCUGUGUGAAAUCUGUCCCUGUUCCGUAUGUCUCCCCCGACGAACGAUUCCUCAUUGGCCGAGUAUGCCCCAGACCUUACCGAAUGUACAGGUGCAUCGUGAGGUACGGAUACAAGGACAUACAAAGAGACGAUGGGGACUUCGAGAACUUGCUUGUACAAAGUGUGGCCGAGUUCAUUCAGAUGGAAGCCGUUGAGCCACAUUACUCGAGCUCGGAGACUUCUCCCUCGGUCGAUGGCAGGAUGGCCGUGAUAAGCACGAGGGAUAUCCGAUCAAGCAUGACUUUGACAGUGACGGAGCAGGAUUUCGUCAGCGUGGUGGAUGAUGACUCCAUUCAUAGCAGCAGCAGCAAGUCGAACACCCUCCAGAGCUUGAGGUCUAUGUACGAGGAUGAUACCCCGUCGAUCAGGAGGCGGCAGGUGAGGUUUCAAUUGCCUCCGAACCCGAGGAUGGAUCCCGUGGUGAGGGAGGAGCUGAUGGAUUUGAUCAGGGCGAAGGAAGCCGGGGUGGCGUAUAUAAUGGGACACUCGUACGUGAAGGCACGGAGGAACUCCUCGUUUAUAAAGAAGCUGGCGAUUGAUAUUGGCUACUCUUUUCUUAGGAAGAACUGCAGAGUUCCUUCCGUGGCGCUCAACAUUCCUCACAUAAGCCUCAUCGAAGUUGGCAUGAUAUAUUAUGUGUGAGAGCUUGGCUCGUGUGGAAUACUGCGAAUGCAAUGGAACGCCCUUUUGGGUUUCCUUUCGAUUAUUGCUACUGCAUCUCUCUACAUGUACAGUACAGGAACAUCGUUCUUUAUUGCAGUUGGUACUUUGCAUGUGGACGACAUGGUAGGUAAACGAUCCUUUGAUGCUAAUGUUUGAUUUCGAAAUGCCUUUGAAGUUAUUCGAUCUGGGAGAGCGAUUAGGAUUUGCGCCCAGAAAACGAGAGAUCAGGAUAGAAACGAAGGAGAGAAAAUGAAGUUUGAUUUCUAUCUUUCUUUACGUGACGAAUGGGCUGAUGAAGUCAAAUUGUUGGGAUGAAUAGUUUUGAAAAGCUAUUAAUCAAAAUUUUAAUUAAUUAUCCGGUAUUUUCUCUACGAAAAUAAGAUGGAUAAUUAAUAAAAGAAAUAUUAUGAAGAUAAUUAUAAUUAAUUAUUUUAAUCGAAUAUAUUUUAAUAUGAGAGUAAUUAUUUUCCUAAUUAAAAUGUGACUUAUUCCCAAAGAAAUAGGAAAUAUUUUUGGUUUUCUGUUCUUAUAAAUAGCAGACCCCCCAUACCCUCUAAAUACAUCCUUCGAAGAGCAUAAACAUGAGAGAGUGAGAUUUAGAGAGCUCCGGUUUUUCGCACAAAAUUGUCGAGCAAAUUUAAUGAGUGUCUGUUUUAUCCUAGAGGCGACCUACUGAUAGUCUAUUGUUCUUAAAAAAAAAGUGACCUAGUCCGCGACUCAGUCAGAUUCGGUAACUCUAAUUAUUUAUGUUUCUAACAAUUUUAAUACGUUCCUCGCAAACAUCUAGUUAAAGAGUAAUUAAAAGUUUAGGUUGGAUGAAAAAGUAAACGGAUGCACAUUUUGAUAACUUUAAUGGUAUCCGACACCCUACCUGAAAAAUUCCCGUUCCAAUUAAUUGCUCUCGUCCAAGUUCCACCAGCAAAGUGGUUCACGUUACUCUAUGGAAUUCUGUUGGCCCAAGUGAAUUUCAGGUCCAACUCUUCGAGUUUGAUCUUUCUCGGGCCGAGUGAAAUUAUGCAGGGAAAAUUUGGGACUCUUUCCUGCUUUAAUUAAUUUGUUCUCUUAAACUUCCUUUUGUCAUAUAUGUGGGUGUCGCCCUUUUUCUUAUUGUUUACACCAUAAAAUUUGUCUUGUACCACAUUGGUGAGUUACAAGAUAAUUAAUGAGUUUAUAAGGCCACCCCCAUUAUAACAAUUAAUGUUGUUUCAGUUGGGCCUUAUGGAUAUUGAUUUUAAGCCCAAGCCACUAAGUCUAAAGAGGGACAUGCCGCCUCAUCAAACAAAGUCGCGUCCGUAUGAGAUCUAGAGGCCAUGCCGACUCAACGAAGAGGCCAUGCCGCCUCACCAAUAAGACCGAAGGAGUGAAAAUUUAACUAAGUCCGGAAGAGGCCAUGCCGCCUCAUCAAAGAAGAACACGUCCAUCUAGAAUAAAGAAGCACAUGCUAUCUCAAGGAAGGCCCGGUAUGUGAAAAAUAUUCUAAGUAUGAGAAUAUAGGGCCGUGUGGAUGAUUAAGAUGUCCAUGGCCGUGUCAUAUGUGACAGCCAUGGACACGAGACAAGAGGACCUGGGCGCGUGAAAAAUACUAAGUAUGAGGAGCCCAAUGCCUUCCAAAGGAAGAGGCCACAGACAUGAAUAAGAAGUCCAUGGUCGCGAAUAAAGAGGCAAUGCCGCCUCAUGAUCUAAAUCAAAUAACCGAAAAUAUUCUAAGUAUAGGGAAGGACUUGCUGCUUCAUGAGGGAGGCCAUGUCCAUGAUUGAGAGGUCCAUGGGUGCAAACAAGAGGCCAUGCCAUAUGAUAAUUCUGAGGGGCCAUGCCGCCUCACAAGAGGAGCCAUGGACACGAAGGAGAAUGACAUGGGGAUGAAAUAUUAUAUCACUAGAGACUAAGUCCCAAGAGGGCCAUGGACAUGAGUAAAGAAGUCCAUGACCG